AUGGAUGUUCGUUCCAAGACUGGUGACACUACUGCUAGUGUCUUGCAUGACCGCGGAAAGCCGCCUGACCCGCUGAACAGUUUUGCUAAUAAACCGACCGACCUAGAUGGAUCUGAUAACAUGAAUGAACCGGUGGGUGAGGAGUUGCCUACACCGGGAACAGCACCAAUUCGUGGGAUCGGGUUACGAGUUACUAACAUUGAAGGCAACCCUCUACUUCCGAGAAGAGGUAUGUUUUCUACGUCAAAUGUUUCGGUUUUGGAUGGGUUGAUGAGUAUUUCCAAACCUGUGGAAAACCCCUUCACUGGUGAAUCUUCCUCGAUGGCCAAUAAGGAUAAUGGGGCUGCUGCUAAGCCCUUGUCUUACGCUGAGUCGGUAAGUGCUAAUACUGUGAAGAAAGUUAACUUUCGGUCGCUUGCUAGUUCCGUUAAUCAGGAGGGUUGUGAUGUUGUGUUGCCGAGGGAAUCUGUCCGUUCGGUGCAGGAUAAGAUGGCUAAUACUCUUUAUGGGUACUUUUUGGGUGAUCGUGUGGCUUUCCCGGUGGUUGAUUAUUUUGUGUGUGUGCAAUGGAAGAAAUAUGGCUUGCAGAAAACUAUGAUGAAUGCUAACGGCUUUUUCUUUUUUAAAUUUAAAGAUGAGAAUGGUAUGGCGAAUGUUAUGAAGGAUGGGCCAUGGAUUGUUCGCUCUCAACCAUUGUUCCUUAACAAUUGGACCCCAACUACGAAACUAGAGAAGAAGGAGGUAAAGAAGGUGCAGUUAUGGGUUAAAAUUCAUGAGGUGCCGAUUGCGGCCUACACGGAAGAUGGUCUUAGUCUGAUUGCUACAACUAUUGGGGAACCAAAGAUGCUAGAUUCGUUUACUACGUCUAUGUGCUUGGACUCAUGGGGUAGGAGUAGUUACGCUAGAGCCCUAAUAGAAAUCUCAGCCGAUAAGGAGUUUCGGGAGGAAAUAACUAUGGCAAUUCCGGAAUCUGAAGGGGAGGGGUUUGUGAAAGAGACGAUGUAUGUGGAGUAUGAAUGGAGUCCGCACCGAUGUCCCACUUGUUGUGUGUUCGGCCACAAUAUGGAUUCUUGUCCAAAACAACCUACGAAACCUUUCAAGCAGAUGCAUGAGGAGCUUAAUCGGAAUGUUCAAAAAAAUCGUUCAACUAAGAAGACGCCGGUUGUGGAUAAGGAUGGGUACACAGAGGUCCAUGGUAAGAAAAUUGCUAAAAAAGUUGGAACUCCGGUCAAUAAGCAAAAACCUAGAUUUGAAUAUCGUCCUAUAGGGCCGAAACCUAAAGGAGACAGUAACAAGGCUUCGAGCUCUAAUAGUACUAGAUCAAAUAACCCGUUUGAUAUUCUUAAUGAAGAGGAGGCUGAUUUGGAUGACUCUCGCAAGGAGUCUACGAAUUCGGGUAGGGGCAAUGAUGACUCUAAUGACGAUGUAGAGGAGGUGUACACUGAAAUGGAUGAAUUUAUGACAGAAGGCACUCUUAAGAGUAAACCUAAAGGGGCAAGCACUCCUUCUCCAAUAGUUAAAAUGGUUAGUAUCGCGACUUGGAAGAUAAGGGGGUUGAACCGCCCCCUCAAACAGAAGGAGGUUCGUCAGGCUGUCAAGGAUUUUAAGCUGAGCUUGUGUGUGAUUUUAGAGUCUCAUGUGGAUGUGAGUAAUUUGAGUAAAGUUUGUAAUUCCAUUUUUCGCUCGUGGGAUUGGACUUCUAAUGGAGGAUGUUGUGAUAAAGGCACUAGAAUCAUUAUCGGUUGGAACCCGGCUAUCUUUGAUGUGAUGAUUUUGUCGCAAUCUCCUCAGGUUAUGCAUAUUCAGCUUGUUUUUAAAAUUGAUAAAAGAAUGGUGUUUUGCUCUUUCGUGUAUGCUGAUAACUAUUAUGUCUCACGUAAAGAAUUAUGGCAUAAUUUGUUGGUGCACAAGAUCCUGGUGGGGAACAAACCUUGGUGUAUCAUGGGUGAUUUUAACACGGCUCUGAAUCUUGAAGAUAAUUCUAUGGGAUCAUCGAUUGUUUCUAUUGGCAUGCGUGAUUUUCAAGAGUGUGUAGAUGAGAUUGAGGUCGUUGAUAUUAAUCGUACGGGGAUGCAUUUUACUUGGAGCCAAAAGCCAAAGAAUGGGGUGGGCCUUAUGAAAAAAAUUGAUCGUGUUAUGGGAAAUACUCCUUUUAUUGCUGAUUACCCGAAUUAUGUUGCUUUUUUCAAGCCUUACAGAUUAUCCGAUCAUUGUCCGUGUAUCUUAUCUUUUCCGGGAGCGGGUAUGGUGAAGCCGAAGCCGUUCAAGUUUGCUAACUUUUUGGUCUUCAAACCGGAAUUUUUGGAUAUUGUUAAAAGUGUGUGGGAUACCAGUGUGAGCGGAGUGCACCAGUUCCGGGUGGUCAAAAAACUUCGGAUGCUUAAACACCCGCUUCGCUCUUUAUUGUUUAAACAGGGAAAUCUUCACAAGAAAGUGGAAACUCUUCGUUUGAAGCUAGAUGAGAUUCAGCAAAGUAUUGACCGAGAUCCGAACAAUGUCGAGCUUCAGGUGGCUGAAAGGGAGGCCGGCCGUGAUUUAUUAGAAGCUUCGCUGGACGAGGAACGGUUUCUAAAACAAAAGUCUAAGGUAGAUUGGUUAAGGGCUGGUGAUUCGAACUCGGCUUUCUUCCAUUCUUCAUUAAAAAUCCGGAAUCAUUUCAGCCGUAUAGAUGUGAUUAAAGACCCGGAUGGUAACCUUUAUGAAGGCGAUGCGGUUUUUCAACCUUUUGUUAAUCAUUAUCAGAAGUUUUUUGGUUCUCAAGGGGAUAUUUCGCUCUCUCCGGCCCCAGAUUUGUUCUCUAAAAUCAUUGAUCCUCAAAAGGCUUCCCAUAUGAUUCGGCCCAUAACUGUAGAAGAGGUUAAAAAGCGAUGUAAGCUUCUUCAGGAAUUGAAUCACACGACCAUUGUUCUUAUCCCGAAGGUGCCUACUCCUGCAACGGUUGUUGAUUAUCGCCCUAUUGCUUGUUGCAACAGUUGUUCUUAUCCCGACACUGUUGAUUGGAGAUUUCUUAAGAGUGUUUUGCUUGGCUUUGGUUUUCACGCGAAUAUGGUGAAUUGGAUCAUGGCUCUGGUCUCUACGGAUUCGUUUUCUGUUUGUGUUAAUGGGUCGGUUCAUGGGUUCUUUAAAGGCAGCCGCGAGUUAAGACAGGGAGACCCGAUCUCUCCUUACCUUUUCACUCUAGUCAUGGAAGUCCUAACGGCCAUCCUUUUGCAUGCGGUUCGUAUAGACUCAUCGUUUAAAUUCCAUAAUAAAUGCGAAAAACAGCAAAUCAUAAACCUUUGUUUUGCGGAUGACUUGUUCAUUUUUGCUAGAGGAGAAGUUAAUUCGGCAAGGUGUGUUAUGACAUCUCUUUCUAUGUUCACCAGGAUGUCGGGGUUAGUUCCUAGCAAUCAGAAAAGCACGAUCUUUUUUUGCAAUGUUAACAGCCAUGUCAAGGAUGCUAUUCUGAAUAUUAUGCCUUUUGUGGAAGGAAAAUUGCCUGUCAGGUAUUUCGGUGUGCCUCUAAUUUCUUCUAGACUUGGGUAUAAUGAUUGUCGAGUUCUGAUUGAAAGACUAGAGAAGCGAAUCACAAACUGGAGAAACAAGUUGCUCUCUUUUGCUGGUAGACUUCAACUUAUUAUCUCUGUCCUCUCUUCCAUGCAUAUCUAUUGGGCGUCCGUGUUUAUCUUGCCGGCUAGGAUAACUCAGGAGCUAGAAGCCAGAAUGCGGAAUUUCCUUUGGUCUCAAGAAAGCUCGUUUAAUAAAGGGAAAUCUAAAGUUUCUUGGAAAACGGUUUGUACUCCAAAAUAUGAAGGGGGCUUGGGUAUUAGACGAAUUGGAGAUAUGAAUAAGGCUCUUAUGGCUUCUCACAUCUGGAGUAUCGUGUCUAAGCGAGCUUCGCUGUGGGUUGAGUGGGUUCAUAGCUACCACUUAAAAGGAAGGAGUUUUUGGGUUUGCAAAACUCCUGCAAAUUGCUGCUGGUCUUGGAGGAAAUUGAUUCAGUUACGCCCUCUAAUCAGAAAGCAUAUUUGGUCGGUUGUUGGGAAUGGGACUAGCACGUCGGCCUGGUACGAUUUUUGGUGCGAUCCAGGUCCGUUAAGUGAUUUUCUUACGCCAAGAACCAUUACGGAUGCGGAUUUUAAGUUAGAUGAUUCAGUGGCUAAUGUCUAUUCUACUGAUUCUUGGCGAUGGCCUACGGCGUGGAGAGAUUUGUUUCCCGUGCUCAUUCAGCUUGACCAGAUGCAGUUAAAUCCAGCAAAGCAGGAUAGACUUUUAUGGAAGGAUGGUACGGACUUAGCCGAAUUCUCCUCGUCCAACGUUUGGCAUUCGGUUAGGUAUAAGGAGCCGGAAGUUAACUGGUGUAAUAUUGUUUGGUUCUCGCAAUGUAUUCCGCGGCAUGCUUUUAUGUUGUGGUUGGUCAUGAAAGGAAAGCUUUUAACUCAAGACAAAAUUCUGAAGUGGGAUAUUUCAAGGCGAAAAAAUAUGAAUAUGAUGUGUUGCCUUUUGUGCUAUGAGAAUUUUGAUUCUCAUCCUCACUUAUUCUUUGAAUGUAAGUUUUCGUCUCAAGUUUGGCAUAAAUCGAUGCGUCGCUGA